UUGUAACCGAGCAUCCAGUGGACGUGCUCAGGGAAACGACGCAAUAUGUUAACGAAGCCAUAACGCUGAAAUAGAUGACUUAUGCAAGUCCGUUUGCACAAACACUGAUUACGAGAACAAUGUAAUAGCAACGAAACUUUUAAUUAACAAAUAUUGUCUGUACAUGAACCCCCACUCCGAAACACCUGUGCGGUCUCCUGAAAAGGUGUGCCCUUGAAUGCAUCGCCAUUGAAAACCUGUCAACGUGUGUAAGAUAAUGAGCAUGUUACCUGCGUCGGUGCUGGUAAACGCCAUUCCAUGUUGUUCAUAUUGUUUUACAUCGUUUGUCGAGUGCUUGUCAACGCAGAUCUUUGCCAGUAACAGUGCAUUCACCGCCCUGUGGUUGGCCAUUCUGCUGCACAUAGACGUAUUCACCCUGUUAACAGACCUUCAUAUGCCUAUCGGCCGAAUACAGUUACGAUCUUGUACCCCCGUUCCAAUGUUGCUUCGUACCGCAUCAUCCACGCUAGCCCAAAACAGUAUUGAUAUGGAACCACCGUAUGAGGAUGUACUGUCCCUUAUUAGGUGAAGUGAAUACAUGUGUCUGAUGGACGCCCCGCGACCAUACUCCAUGAAGAGGUAUUAAGGGACCUCGUAUAACAGGAUAAGUGCAACCCGUUGAGAAAGAAUCCCCAGUCAACAGGUAAAUAAAAAUUAAAAAAUCAGUCCAAGGAAAUAAAAAAUAAGCAUAGCCAGUAAAAUAACUGGGC